CACGAAAAUUAAUUUGGACCCACAAAAAAAUACAGCUAUUGAUUCGCUCAAACAAGAUUCGUCCUUUUUUUUUUUCCCUUCCUAUAAAAUCGAUCCAUUUUCCUGGGUUUCGUUUCUCUGCUAAACUUCGAAAAUGGAGUCUGAUACGGCGUCGUUUGAGGGGUCUGAAAAAGUUUCCAUUUUUGGUAAUAACAAAACAACCACCUUCGAAGAAAAAGAGGAGAGAGAAAGAAGCGAAAUGGGUGACCGUGAACCGCUAAUUGACCGUCACCGCCGGAGAAUUUCCGGUAUUGGGAACAAAUCAUUGUCAAGGCAAUCGUCGUUUCGGCAGUAUUUUGAGCAUGCUGCUGCUGAGACUUACCUGAUUACCGGUCUUAGUUUCAAGCUUCUUCGCUAUCUUGGGGUAGGCUACCGCUGGAUCACUAGACUACUUGCUCUUCUCUGUUAUGCCAUGCUACUCUUACCUGGUUUUCUUCAAGUGGUAUAUAGUUACUACUUUUCCAACCAAGUACAUCGUAGUAUUAUUUAUGGAGAUCAACCAAGAAAUAGGCUAGAUCUUUAUUUACCAAUGGGUCCUGAUGGAAAGAAACCAGUUGUGAUAUUUGUCACUGGGGGAGCCUGGAUUAUUGGGUACAAAGCGUGGGGCUCCCUUCUUGGAUUACAAUUGGCAGAAAGAGACAUCAUAGUGGCCAGCCUUGACUAUAGAAAUUUCCCUCAAGGAACCAUCAGUGACAUGAUUAAAGAUGUUUCCCAGGGCAUCUCAUUUGUUUGUAAUAAUAUUGCCGCUGUUGGAGGUGAUCCUGAUAGAAUCUAUCUCGUUGGGCAAUCAGCUGGUGCACAUAUAUCAGCUUGUGCUCUCUUGGAACAGGCAAUCAGAGAGUCACAAGGAGAGAGCUGUUCUUGGAGUGUUUCACAGAUAAAAACUUAUUUUUCUUUAUCUGGCGGGUUUAACUUGGUGAAUCUGGUUGAUCACUUUAACAAUCGAGGUCUCUAUCGAUCCAUAUUUUUGAGCAUUAUGGAAGGAGAAAGUUCUCUGAAGAAGUAUUCUCCUGAGCUUCGGGUACAGGAUAAAAGCAUUGCAAAGGCCGUUUCAUUGUUGCCCCCUUUCAUUCUUUUUCAUGGAACUGAAGACAAGUCCAUUCCUUCAGUAGCCAGUGAAAAUUUUGCAGAUACUCUCAAAAAUGCUGGUGGUCAUGCUGAUCUGAUUUUAUAUGAAGGGAAAACUCAUACUGAUAUGUUUGUUCAGGAUCCAUUAAGAGGCGGUAAAGAUGAGCUGUUUGAGCAUUUGGUUUCUGUCAUACACGCAGAUGAUGAGGAAGCUCUGAUGAGGGAUGCAAAUUCUUCACCCAUGAGACGCCUAGUCCCUGAGAUAUUGGUGAAGUUAGCCGGUCAAAUAAGCCCUUUCUAGACUUUCUUCUUCUCAAAUCGGGCAUCAACUUCCAUGGCUUAUUGGUGUGCCACAUACCCAUUCUUUGUUACUGUCAGUUAUAAUUUCUUCUGUACAGGAUUAGGAGCUUAUUGCAUUCUUUAUUUAGUCCAUCAUUUAUUGGUAAUGUAGUUUACAAUUAUUUGUUAGCUUAACGAAAUUUUGUAAAUUUUGGUGUCAGAUGAAUUGAGUAUAAUUAUAUUUCAUGAUCCAAGUUCAACAUAAUACUGAUGGUUGAUAUAUACUCUAUACUGCUAUACAUCUUUAUGGCUUUAAACACACUAUGCUUGCCAAAGAUAUAGGCUCAUAGGUUUGAGCCCUGGAACGAAGAAACUUAAUAAUUGGUACGCCUACAGGUAACAUGUUACGACAAUCAUCAAUCAAUACUAUAAGGUCUAUAACCUGAUAAUUUUACAAUAGCUGCAACAAAAGUGUUGUAAUUACCUCUCAUUUAGAUUUAGACCGUUUAUUUUUAACAUUCAAUCAUAAUAUUGGCGGCAAACUAUGAUUUAUAUCCAACCGUUGUCUUCUAGUCCUCAAUGCGGCAACUCGGCAAGCAAGCUUAAGAAAAAAACUUUUUAUUUUUAUUUUUAUUUUGAGGAAAAACUUUUGACUGGAUUUAAAAUUUGUUUAAUAGGCAAAAAGAACCAACGGUGAACAUAUAUUAUGGGUUAAAAUGAUUUUUUUUUUUUGUUUUUUUUUUUUUGUGUGUGUGUGUGUGUGUGUGAGGAGAGAUGAAAUCAGUUAUUGACAAAAUAGUAAAAAUUUUAUUUCCUCAAAAAAAAAAAUUAUUAAUGAUAAAUUCAACUUAACUACCCAACAGUUAGUUUUGAAGAAAGAAACAACACUUCAACUUGUAACCGUUUCUUUCCUUGUUCAUUUUUACUUUUGCAUUCAAUCUUCAUUGUCUUUGGCAUUUGUGUAAA